AUGGACGGGCAACAGUCGAACAGCAAACGCAAGAGAUCAGGCUAUCGUGGCAAGAAUCCGCGAGGGGGAAAGCAACCUUCUCUGGCCUCUCGUCUGUCUGACCCUCGUCCGGACAUCGACGAGUCACCAGACUCGUCAUAUCCUGCCUCUGUCGCUGGCGACACGAACGACGGUGCACACGGCAGCUCGAGACAGACUGUCAAGAAGGAAGACACGCUCGCUCAUCUGACCGAUAUGCGCUUCAGUGCUUUCGCAAACCUGCUCACGCCAAGUCUUUUCAAAGCAAUUCCUCAUGAAUUCUGUACAGAGGUACAGGCUCAGACGCUGCCUGUCGCCCUCAAGGGCAAGGAUAUCCUUGCGAGAGCCCUGACUGGCACAGGCAAGACGCUUGGCUUUCUGAUACCCUCGCUUGAUCGUCUCCUGCGCAAUCCGACUCGACCUGGCCAGGUCGGUAUACUAGUCAUGUCGCCGACGCGAGAGCUGGCCACGCAGACUGCAGACGCGGCUAAGCAACUCCUCAGCUCCUCUCCUUCGCUUGGCGUUCAGCUCGCACUAGGCGGCGGCAACGUCAAUGCGGAACUGAAGAGGCUGACUAGUCAACGCGUUGACGUUCUCGUCGCCACACCUGGGCGCUUGAUCGAUCAUCUCGCGAACAACGGACUCGCACCUCGGCUGAACGAACUGCAGACUUUCGUCCUGGAUGAGGCCGACCAGCUCUUGCAGCAGGGCUUCAAGCAAGACAUUGACCGCAUCGUCAGCUUUCUGCCAGACCGACGCACAGUGCCGCGGCAGACGCUUCUUUUCUCGGCUACAGUGUCGCCGCAGAUUCAACAGGUCGCCAAGUUGACGCUACUGCCUGAUCACGAUUUCAUCUCGACCAUCAAAGAGAGCGACCUCAAUACGCACGAGCGGGUCAAGCAGACCAUCAUCGAAGUACCUUUCGAGCGCAUUUUCGCGGCCACACUUGCAGUCAUUCUGCGCGAGAUACAGCAGUCAUCCGAUGACUGCAAGCUUUUGCUCUUCUUCCCUACAGCUCGUGCUACCGGUGUAGCCAAAGAGCUGUUUGAUCAGAUCGAGCUACCCCUGCCGCGGUGGGAGGUCCACAGUCGCAAGAGUCAAUCAGCCCGCGAAAAAGCGACAGAAGCUUUCAAAGCGGCUCGCAAGGGCAUAUUGUUCAGCUCAGACGUGUCUGCGCGCGGCAUGGACUUCCCCGAUGUGACUGCAGUCAUCCAGGUUGGCUUGCCAGCAUCUACAGAGCAAUACAUCCAUCGCCUUGGCCGAACAGCUCGCGCCGGCAAGGAAGGCCGAGGCAUCCUCAUUCUUGCGCCUUACGAGCGACCUUUCCUAUCGCUAUCUGGCAUCAAACAAUUACCCAUCAAGCCAGAUCCCACCUUCACGACAGCCUUGUAUGAGCCUUAUCAGCCUACCAUCGAGCAGGCGCUGUCUCGGGUAAGCAACGAGAGCAAAGGUCAGGCAUAUUCCGCCUAUCUUGGCUUUACCAAAGGUUUCGUCAAGCUGCUUCAAACCUCAGCCAAAGGCGUCGUCGAUCUCGCAGAGCAAUACGCCGUCAACGUGCUCCUCUAUGUACCGGAACCCGGCCAGCCUCGUACGCCGCCCCUGAUGGCGUCUACGAUUGGCAAGAUGGGCCUGCGCGAACUGCGCCCGUAUCUCAACGUAGUCAAAGAAUUACCACCGAAGCAGGGCGCAAAUGGCCAGGCUGUUCAGGCACGAGGACACCCAUCGCCGGGGCGAGGCGGACGCGGUGGCAGUCGGGGAGGCCACAGAAGAGCGUGA